GAAGCAACAAAAGGCGCGGCUUUAUUCUUCGAAUUAACAUCUAUAGUCAGUACAGUAAAAUGGGUUGCUCCGCCAGUAAAGCUGCUUUAGCACCAGUUAUUGAAGAAAAAUCUCAGCGCAACCGAAAUGAAAGAAGUGACAGUCCGAAAUCGACAGAUAGUGGCAUAGAAUUGAAUGAAUCGACACCCAGCGAGUCAUUUCCAGAUAAGCAACCAAAAGGCAAUUUAAAAAGUGCCAAAAAGGUUGCAAAAAAUAAAGGGAUAGCGUUCGACGUCACGUUUCAAGAAGCAAAAGGAAUAAUUAAACAACAUCCUCCCAAAUCAGCAGCGAGUCGUCUUAGCUCUGGUUCUAGUAGAGGUAGGAAGAAACCAAACCAGCUUCCAGCGCUCGAACUAACAAUAACUCAAAGGACAAAUGUGCCGAGUCGUCUGAAACGCCAUGCAGAUCUGAAACUGGAUACCGAUGAGUUGCAAAGGCGGCAAGAAGAGGCCGAAAGAAAAAGAGAAAUGGAUCGACUUGCAAAGAUUGCUUUGCAAAGAAGACGUGAGCUUCAUGCUAAAAAAGUUGCUGCGAGGCGCCAACGAAACCAAUGGGACAGCGAGUCCGACAGCGACGGCCUAGACAAAGACGAAACUUACAACAACGAUGAUAACGAGUUUAAUUGGGAUGACGAGAGUGAUGUGGCAGACAAGGAUUCAGCGACAAUGGAUGUGGUAACCGAAAGUUCUUUGGGUCGUCGCAACUUAUUUGAUUCUAAUAAAGAAGCUUUGGAGCGUAAAAUAAACAGUGAAAAUACAUCAGAACUGGAUAAAUCCGAGAGCGAUUUCGAUUAUUCUGAACCUGACACGGGUGAAAAGCUUCGCAUUUCUAAAGACUCAACUUUAAACGAUGAAUCUUCCUCGCCUUCCAUUGAUCAAAGUGACCAAACAUUGAACUUCGACAGCGAAUUGGAUUGGCACUCAAACGAUGUCAAACAAAACGGAAGUAAUCAAAAACUUUAUUCAGAAUCAGUGAUCGAAUACAGCACGACUACAAGCAACAAGUAUUAUCAGAAAUCGGUAAAAACGAUAAAUAUUGAUGAUAAUGGCGUAAACGAAUGACCGAGAUUCAUGUUGUCGUAUAUUACACACAUAUGAUUCGUUUUGUUCAAAAUCUUGCAUUUACAACACCAUAUUUU